UCUCCUAAGCUUUGAUGUCAUCUGCUAAGUCCGUGUGUGGGAAGGACGAGCCCCAUGGGGGCCCUCAGAGAGGUCCUUCUAUUGUGACACCCCCCAAGAACAUCUGGAAUGUCACUGGUGCCAAGGUGUACCUGAGCUGUGAGGUCAUCGGAAUCCCAACCCCUGUCCUCAUCUGGAACAAGGUGAGAAAGGACAAUAAUGGAUUUCACAGGACAGAACUCUUGCCUGGUGAUCGGGACAACCUGGCCAUUCAGACCCGAGGUGGCCCAGAAAAGCAUGAAGUCACUGGCUGGGUGCUGCUAUCUCCUCUCAGUAAGGAAGAUGCUGGAGAAUAUGAGUGCCACGCAUCCAACUCCCAAGGACAGGCUUCAGCAUCAGCAAAAAUUACAGUGGUGGAAAGCUUACAUGAAAUACCAGUGAAGAAAGGUGAAGAUGCCAAGCUAUAAACCUGAAGAAUGUAUUAGUCUGUGUAGCUAAACAUAGUCACGGGUAACUACAACCCUGUUCUUGUCUAAUAACCAGUUUCUUUGCAUCCAGUCCACUAACACCUUAGUUAUAUUCACUGAUUUUACACAGUGAAAUACAAAAUAAAGACAACACAUCAAGACUAUCUACAAAAAUUUAUUACCUAUUUACAGAAGAAAAGCACGCAUAUCAUCAAACAAAACAAAUAAAAUGCUUUUUCUCACAA